AUGCAUUCAUAUUUUUUCCGUGAAGACGGUAUGGAAAAAUUUAAUUUGAGUCCGAAUUUUAAAUGUUUUUGCUCAUCAACACCUGAUAAUAAAUUGCAAUUUUUUGACACCGACCAGAACAAUAUUACGCAAGAAUGUAUUAUUCCUUCUUAUUUAUCAUCUAAAAUUUCAGUUAUUAAAUGGGCAUGGCCAAAAAGUGAUAAAGGAAUAUUUAGAAAUAAAAAAAAAAGCGCACACAAAUUUGAUGUAUCUGAUUUGGUAGCCAUAGGAUUUCAAAAUGGAUUGAUUUAUAUCUAUAGCUAUCUCAAUUGUGAAAUAAUUGGAAAAUUAGAGAAUGGACAUGCUGAUGUUGUCAAUGACCUCUGUUGGGAUAAUGACAAUAGUUAUUUAUUUUCAUGUUCAAAUGAUAAUAACAUUAUAAUAUGGGAUGUAAAUCAAAGCAAAUUAUUUAAAAAAUGGAAGGCUGAUGAUUAUGGGGUUCAAAGCAUAUCAUUAACUGAUGAUGGGAAAUAUUUAUUAACGGCUAGUAGAAAUAUUAAAUUAUGGCACAUUGAAUCUCUACAAAUUGUUCAGAAUUUUGUGGGGCACAUCGAAUCAAUUAAUUACCUUAAAAAUUUUUCAAUUCUGCAUAAUUGUGAUCCUAUAUCACCUUCCAAUAUGUCUAUAACUUGUAAACACAUUCAGAAUGGUCCUAGCAAAGAUAACUAUCAUAAGAAGAAAAAAAAAUUUAAGAUAAAUGGCUUAGAAAAUAAUAAUUUAGCAGAUGAUAUCAAGGUACAAAAUGGAUAUCACAGAGAUUCAUCAAAUCCGGUUGAUCCAAAUGAUCAUGAUAUUCCUUAUUUCUCAUCCUCAUGUAACUAUUUUGUGUCAGCCUCUUUUAGUGAAGAUAUAGUAAAAGCAUGGAACGCAAACAUAAGUGAAGAAUUAAAUAAAGAUAAAGCUCUGCCAAUAGCAUCAUUUGCUACCUCAUCGGCUAUUAAAUAUGUGGAUAUAUUAAUACCUCAAAAAUUUCAAUAUGAAGCUGCUUCAUCAUAUUUAGCCGUCGUUCUCAAAAAUGGAUAUUUAAAUAUAUUCUCGACCCAUAUAAACGGACAUCGUAUCAACAAACCUCUAUACCCCCAAUAUUCGAUCGCUUUCAAACGUAAAUUUAUAACUCCCGGUAACAAUUCAGCAAACGACACCGAAGCCACCAUAACCCUACCUAUCAUAUUCGCUAAGCUUGACACUGAAAUCUCGAACACCGAUACCAGUUUGGCGGUUAAAAUACAUUUGGGCUAUGGAAAUUUAGUUCGUAAUGCCACCAAUUCUUCGAACAUGUCAAAAUCUCCCGAUAAAAAACGUAAAAUAGAUGGUUUAAAAGUCAACAAAAAUGAGAUGCGCUUAGAUCAUUGCAGGCCUAUUCUGUUCGAAUCAAUGUAUCUAUCCGACCUAAAAGAAUCUGAAAACAUAUACCAUCGAAAUUUAGAAAUAUUACCCAAAUUUAUAAAUACAUCAGACGAUCAAAUAUCCGAGAUAAAAACCGUUAUCGAUGCUAAAGCAUCUAUGACUUUGUGCUCAAGGAUCAAAGAAAUUUUGGCCGAAAAACAUCAAACACCUUACAAUGAUGGACAACACGAUAAAACUCCGAUCCUGCAAAAUAAUCAAAACAUAACCACUAAAGCCACCACGGAAAAUGAAAAAAUCGAUCAAAAUAAUAACAAUAAUAGAAAUAUGAUACCCAAAGCAAAUUCGUUAGCCACCCUUAUUAUUCAAUAUUUACAAUCCGGGGACCAAACUAAAUUAUGGAAUAUAUUAUACAUGAAGACGAACUUUAAUGUCAUAAAGGAAACGGUUAUGAGAAUUCCUUUGAAAUGGUUGUCUGCUUUUAUCUUCGAGAUUGGUAACAGACUCUCAUUUUGCAAGACUAAAGAGAUGAAAUGCAUGCUUCUAUGGUUCGAUAACAUAAUGUUGUAUCAUUCUUCCUACAUCAUAUCGACUCCAGAAUUAUAUCGGCGAUUAUUUGCUAUUCAAGAAUUACUUUCCGAACGUACGUCAUAUAUGCCUAAGAUGUUAAGGCUCAAAGGGAUAAUAAAUCAAACAAAAUUACAAGCUCAAUACAGGACAGAAGAUAUUGAAAGUAGGAUUAUGGUCAAUCAAAUUGACAGAGAUUCGCACAAUUUAAUACAUUACGAAGAUUCCGAUUCAGAAUUAGAAGAAAUGCAACUUUAGAUGAACUCCUUUUUAGUCGUUUAGUCACCAUAGAAAAAUAUAUAAAGCGUGUAUAUUUUAAACUUUAUUUUAAUAUGACACUUCGAUAUUAUUUUAAAUUAGAUAAUUACAUCGAUAAUCAAAUAAUUUUAUGAUGAAUAUAUUUUCAAAAAUUAUUAUUUGUUUUAUCAAUGAAUUCUUUUAGAAAACAUUCAAUA